GGUGCUCGACCAGAUGACGCCAAAAGGCGCCUUUUGGCCCUAGUGCGGGCUUGGGUGAGCGCUGGUUAAGCGCGGUGACACCAUGCACAGCGUGCGGUGCGGGCUCCCAUUGGGAGAGCGAGAGAGUGUCAGCCAGCUAGGGUUAUGUUGGGGGCAUGAUACUCUGGCUGACCUGGGGACACGUGACCGGAUGAUACUGGAGGGGGCCACUGGUGGCGGGGGCCAAUGGGUGGUCACAUGGUCCAAGAAGAACUCUCGAGAGCCUUCGGGCAAGGGCGAGAGAGACUGAGAAGGUAGGCGGGGCGAGAGGCGGAGCCAGCCCCAGCCUGGCCCGAUAUAAGGGGAGCCCUGAGAGGGGCUCGGGGUUCGUACUGUUGGAGAGGCAGGAGAUCCACGUCAAGCUUGAAAAAGCCUCCAGCCAUGCGGUCCGGGACCCAGCUUGUGGUUUGGACCGGGAUAGUGGAACCGUGUCUAGUUCUGCCGUAGCGUGGUUAGUUGGGUGGUCCCCACCCGAGAGUAUGUUGUGUUAAUAGCUUGGAGUAACGUUGUGCUAAGAUUUAUAAAACGUGUUGCUCCCAAGACAACGUCUGCGACUCAGUUGGACUCAAUACAAUUGUAUGGGCGCACAAAGGUUCACUGGACCAGCCGCAAUGAUUCAUGCACGACAUCGGGGAAGGGGGCUGGGGUGAAAUAUUAAGCAAGCAGAGCAAACGAUGAGGUCAGGGGAUCCCAGCACUACAGACCAAGUACACACUAGCCGGGUGUGUAUUCGCCAGCUGGGCACUCUUCCAGAUUGAACAGGCUGAGUCAGGAUUUAAUAAGUACAGGUAAAGAGACAAUGGGCUUAAAAAUAACGUAAUGUAACGCUCAAUGUAAGGGCAGAGAAACAGUUGACGUAGCUCUGGAUUUACAAAGUCAAGGGGAUAAAAGAGGGAGCGAAAAACUGUUCAAGAGUUCUCAUCUCCGACCCCUUAGCCACCCAGACCGACUCUCAUCUCCGUCCCUUCGACUCUCACAGCGUCCGUGCGACACCAUGAGUGUGGCCGUGAGAGUGCAGGGUUUCAAGAGCAGUGCACGUGGCCUGCUGUGAGAGCUCCGCUGGGUCAUGGAUCCCGCAUACCCAGCCCACCGCAUGCACAAGCAGCUUCUGUUUGGCCGGUUCGAGGGUGAUAAACGGGCACUGCACGGGCUGGAGAAGACAUUGACUGAUGUGGUACAGGAGGAUGUGGAGCUGAGUGGACUUGCCCAAGGUUCGUACCAGUGUUGUCAAGAUCGGCCUUUGUGGAGGAGGCUCGUGAAGGACGCUGCUACUGGUCAGUUGGAGGCAGUCACCUUCCAAUAACAACGGAGGGCAGAGGAGCGAUGCUCACAACAACGAGCGGAACGCCGGACGGUUAAAACGCAACAUCUGCCAGUAAUCUCAGUCAGUCAACCCAUGGCACCUGCUGGGUCUGUCCCGUGACCUGCUGUCAGCGAGCCUUCGACACUUCACGUGGCCUCAAAUUUCACCUGGCAUGGCACAGGCGACGUGGUGACGUCAUCGCCGCUGAGUGAUGAACGGCGGCUCUUAUUGUUGUUGUUGUUGAUCAGCUCGGCUGUCGAACGUCCACGUGUGCUGCCGUGCGGGGUCGAUGGCUGUGCGGGGUGCUAUGCCUCCCUCCGUCUCCUCGUGUCUCUCUGUCUUGCAGCCUAUGGCUUAAUGAGAGUUGCCACCUGUUCCGGGUUUGACCCGGACGGUCCGGAAAAACAUUGAAAUCUAUGUACGGGGUGGCAGAAAUUUAUUUGUACCGAUAUGCGAAACCGGUUUUGUGUUCAACUUAAUCGCAGUGUUGACGGACGGAGGCUGACUGAGAGAUUUGUCUGCGUUUGGUCUACAUGGUAGUCAGUGCCGGAUUAUCCUAGUAGUAAAAGUAUUAUAUGCUGCGGGCCCCGCGCUAAAUGCUUUCAAGCUAUCAAUUCCGGUUCAGUGAUUGUGCACUUGCUCUAUGACUAUAGUACUAUACCGCCUUCACCUUUUAUGAACGACUGAGUGUUUAAUGUUAGUGAUUUGUCGUAUUAUCUGACUGUAUCGCAAAUGACAAAAUACAAUUAGUUUACUUUGCAAGUAAAUAAAUUGUGUUUUAAUAUUUACGAAAAAGACACACACACAUCGACUUACACACACACAGACAUGGAUCGACACACACAAACACAUAGACUUACACACACAUAUCGACUCACACACACAUACAUAUGUCGUGGAGUAACGCGCGCGGGGAUUUGCAAACGGUGUGCAUUCAUGUGCGAGUUACAGACAGUGAGGUCGCAUCAGGGCGAACAAGUGCUGCGAGAGAGAGCAAUGGAAAGGAGACGGCCAAUUAAGAUGCAUAACAGUGAUUGGCUGGCUGCCAGGUUGACAGGAGAUUGAGGCGAUAGCGGCAGAAACCAUGGGCGUGAGGCGACGGGAGGUCGCCAGCUUAAUUGGAGAGGAGUUAAUGAGGAGGAGGAUAAAUACGGGAGCGUGUGAGGAGGGAGUUGAGUUGGUCGGAGUGAAGACAAGAGGAAAGACAAGAGAAGUCCAAGGCCCCGCUCUCCACACCUCGCCCUCUUCAGCGGUGAUGGCUGAACCCCCACUGGAGGCAGGGCGAGGUUGGAGAGGCGAGGGUAGAAAUGCUAGCAGUAGAGAAGCUAGCGGAAUUCUAAGUGUGAGUGUGCAAAGACUAGCAGUAGAGAAGCUAGCAGAGAGUAUAGCGGAAGGCUAGCAGUAGAGAAGGUAACAGGGUGUAUAGUAAUAGGUUAGCAGUGGAGAGGCUAGCAGAGUGUAGGGUGGGAAGCUAUCAGAGUAUGUAGUGGUAGGCCAUCAUCGGAGAGAGCGAAGCGAGCGGAGCGUGGCAGACAGGCUAGCAGUAGAGAGGCUAGGAGAGUGAGAGAGCGGAGCGAGCGAGGCGAGCAGCGCAAGUGGGAGAGUUACGACGGAGUCACGUGGUGGUGGUGUUGAACGCGAGGAGUUCUGUUCAAUAAAAAGUGACACAGGAGAAAAAGAAGAAGUUGUCCGCGUGAAAUAAAAACACUACAUUUGGUGUCGAAGUGGUAAAGAACUACGCAGCCAUGUCAAAGAAGGCGGCUAAGAGGAAGAACUUACCCGUCGACACUUCCGACGACGAGGAGGUGGUUCCCAACACGGCUCCCGAGGCUGUUGCUCAGCCGGUGGAACCAGUGGAUCGGCUGCCCUCGGCGCAAGUGACUGAGCGCGGGGAAACUCCGGCCAGCGCAACGAGACGGAGUUGGCGGGACGUUGUCGUUACGUACAUGUCAACAUGCUGAUGGCGGCGGGCCGGACGACGUCUACGGGGGUGGCGACGGAUGCGACUGCUCUUCACGUCGCUUCAACAACGCCGAUCGUGUCUGAGCGAGCGGGCACGGGGCCCGCCGUUGCAGCGGCCACGUUGGACUCUGCAUCUACUCCGCCGACGGUGUGUUCAGCUCCGUUGUGCCGGCUGCCACAGGUCCACGCAUUCUCCGCGACCGAGGGCGACUGGAUGGCAUUUCAUCUCCGCUUCAAAGCAGAGUAUCGCUCCAUCAAGUGGUCGGAGCACGAGGCGUUGCGGGCCCUGCCGACGGCCCUUGAUGAUGACUCGUUGGCCGCCUUCUACUCCAUCCCCGAGGCCGAUCGAUCGUCACUCGCCAGUGCCUGUGCUGCGAUGGCGGCUCUUUACGCACCACCGUCGACCAUCCGAAAGAAGUUCCAGCUCAGAAAGUGGGGUGACACGGAUUCGCCCCUGGCAUUCCACAGCGCUCUGUUAGCCCUCAGGCGGGCUGCCUAUCCUUCCAUGGAUCGGGCAGCUCUCGACUCGCUCGCUUUGGAACGGCGAUUGACUGUGGCGAAAGAGUUGGGGAACGUCCUCUCCGUCACCGCCGACGACAACCUCUCAUCCCUCCAAGUUGCGAAGAACAUUCCAGUGCAUCUGGGACUCAGGGAAGAGCCAGCUGCAACAGUGUGCACAAUGGUGGAAGGGGACUCGAUGGCCAGCGACAGCAGCACGGGAUACGCAACCAGGUCUUCAAGUCCACGACAUGCAGAGAUGCGGGGAGGUCGGUCGCCGGUUGGGUGGCCACCACGUCGCGGACCGCUGAGGGGCUAUGCCUCGCACGGAUGCUACUACUGCGGGCGGACGGGCCACAUCACCAGUAACUGCCAGCUGCAUGUUGGCGAUCCGCCGGGAGCUCCUGCAACCUACGGCGUCAACUUCUCCUCGUCCCGAGGACCACAGGCAUUUCACGACACAUCAUGCACAUGGCCGUUUCAUUCCCAUCACUCAUCCGCGUCAUGUUGCCCUGUAACCACUCAUCCUGACAGGUUGUAUGAUGAUAGUAAAUGGUGUGCGUUGGCAUAUCGGGCGUUCGGUGCUGCGCCGGGUUCGUCGGACGUUAUGGCGUUUAUUCAGGGAGUAGAGGUCCGAGUGGUGAUCGACACGGGUGCGUCGGCUACCCUCAUAUCAUUGCCAACUUUUCGUUCGUUUCCGGCCUCACCCCGGCCACUAGAGCAAGUCUUGGGAUUGUGGGUCGAAUGAUUGUUACGAUACAAAUAUGGGAUGUAUGCAUGGAUGGCCCUGUUUUGGUUUCCACAACUUUGGCCAUGCCGUGCUUAUUGGGAGCAGAUUUUUUGCCUAGAAUGCCCCUUAACAUUCGGCUGGAUAAGGGCUGUAUUGAGGUGCCUUCGGGGCAGUGUCUAAAAUUUUUGACAACAUCUACGAAGUAUACCGCGAUCAAUGAUGUGUAGGCUAUCCGCACGGUACGCGUUCCACCAGCCACGCAGAUGCUUGUGCCAUUACGGCUGCGUAAACACUUGCCCUUGGUGAACCCGGGGAAGGGAGUCUUGUUGACCCCUCGAAUGCGGUGUCGCGGACACCCUCUUUGGUAGGGGCAUUGACUGUGGUGUCAACGAACAGUGACCCCUUUAUUCAAGUCGUUAAUGUGGGGCAUACGCCGAUUGUUAUUCAGGAAGGCACCGUAUUGGCACAUGCGACGGCGGCCGUGGGUAUGGAACACAGGGCAUGCAUGUCAGGGGAGUUGGCACAGGCUCGGCCGGUAUGCGAUGCUGCGGCGGUUGUGAGGAAAAUCGGGAAUUGACAGCCGAGCAGCAGGUGCGACUUCGCCGGCUUUUGUAUGAGUUUAAGGAUGUUUUCAGUGACGGCAAAUACGAUAUUGGCCGGACAACCCUAUUACAGCAUCAUAUUGAUACAGGGGAUGCACACUCGAUUCGAUUGAACUCCCACAAGAUGUGCCCGCAUUAAAAAGAUUGCAUUCAGCAGACGGUGGACGAGAUGUUGGUGCAAGACAUUGUCUCUCCCUCCAUCAGCCCUUGGGGGGCGCCCAUUGUGUUAGUCAAAAAGCGUGAUGGCUUGUUGUGAUUUUGUGUGGAUUUCAGAAAACUUAAGGAUUCUGUGGCAGAUGCUUACCCACUUCUGCGCAUGGACGAUUCUUUGAACGCCUUGUCCGGUGCGCAUUUCUUCUCGACCCUCGAUCUUUUGUCGGGAUUUUGGCAAUUGCCUUUGGAUGAGGAAUCAAAACCAAAAACGGCUUUUCGUAUGCCACAGGGGUUGUAUCACUUCAAGUCCUUCUGAUGGGACUCCAUUCCACGCCGGCCACCUUUCACCGCCUUCUGUAACUGGUUUUGUCGGGAUUGCAAUGGGAAUUGUGCCUUAUUUAUUUGAAUGACAUAAUUGUCUUCGGGCGAAAUUUCGAUGAACACUUGCGGCGUCUGCGCUCUGUUUUCUCCUGGGUACGGGACACUAAAUUGAAAUUAAAACCACAAAAAUUUAAUUUGCUACGUCUGUUAAUUAUUUCGGUCAUGUGGGUUAGCGCGUCGGGAGUCGCUACUGAUCCAGAGAAGACGAGCUGCAUGCGUACGUGGCCAAUCCCCAAAUCAGUCGGAGGUCCGCAGCUUUGUGGGCUUUGCCUCGUACUACCGCAGGUUUGUUAAAAACUUCGCAACUAUCGUGAAACCGCUCCAUGAGUUAACAGCUAAAGGACACAAGUUCCAUUGCAGCAAAGCACAGCAGAAUUCCUUUGAAGCUCUUCGUGACGCGUUGGCCGAUGCACCGCCGCUUGUUUACCCGGAUUUCUAUAAGACGUUCAUCCUCGACACGGACGCUAGUGAUACGGGCAUAGGCGCCGUCUUGUCGUCCCAGGUGGUCGACAGAGUGGAAAGAGUGGUGGCGUACAGCAGCCGUGUUAUGUCCCCUGCUGAGCAGAGGUAUUGUGUUACACGCAGGGAGCUGCUGGCCAUGGUCCACUUUAUGCAGUUGUAUCGUCCGUAUUUGUACGGCAGGGACUUCCUUGUUCGAUCUGACCAUGCUGCGCUCCAGUACUCUCUGCGUGUAGACUAACCCUCCGGCCAAAUGGCCCAUUGGACCCGCGCCUACCACCGCUGACCGACUCAUGCAAGUGUGUGGCGGGCUCGUCGCGAUGUGGGCCGCCAUUACAGAUGGCCCUGAUACAGUUGUUACGGGCCCGACAGGCAUGGUGGGCCCGACAGGCAUGGUGUGCGCGCCAGACGAUCGCAUUUUGGGGCUCAACCUUAGUGAGUGGGGACGCCUACAGGUAGCGGAUGCCUCCCUGUUCAGGUUUCGGCGCCAGGCUUCCCAGACGCUGAGGUCAGUUGAGCGCCCCUUUUUACGGCUCAUGGAUGGACUCUUGCGAUGGGAAGUCGAGCUUCAAAGAUGUUGCAUUGUUGUGCCCACAAGCCUGCGAGGCAAGUUUGUGCACACGGUGCACGAUAAAUUGAUGCAUUUGGGAGUAAGGAAACCGUCGUUGACUUUAAAGAAAGAUUUCUAUUGGCAGGGUAUAGACUGAUGUGCACUUGUUCAUUGAAACUUGCUCUGAAUUUGCAAGUCGGAAAGCACCCGCGCAACCGUACAAGGUGGUGCUGCAGUCCAUAAAAGUUUCUCAGGUCAGCCAAUUUAGUGGCAUUGGACAUUUUGGGUCCAUUUCCCGUUACCCAGAAGGGGCACAAAUAUUUGCUAAGGGGGGUUGACCAAUGGCCACGCCGUUGGUCAACCAAUGGCAUGGCCAUUGGUUGACCAUUGGUUGACCAAUCGGCGGCGUCCAUAACCGAAGCCUUUCUGCAGUGGUAAGUGCUGGACAAGGGUGCACCAGAGCAGUUGCUCACUGACCAGGGUAAAACAUUUUCAUCUAAGCUGUUAAAGGAGGUGUGUGAUUCCCUCGGCACUAAAAAGAUUCGGACUUCCCCGUAUCACCCACAAACUGACGGGAUGGUUGAGACUUACAUCACACCUUGACUUCCAUGUUGUGUCAACAAGUUAAUGCGCCACAAACCGACUGGGAUUUGCACAUACCGAGUAUUCUGGCCGCCUACAGAUUAGCACCACACGCCUCGACGGGGUAUUCACCCUUCUAUUUGAUGUAUGGGUGGGAGCCUGAGGCUCCCGCGUUGGUGAAAUUGGGUGUGCGGCCACCGGUUUAGGCGUCGGCCGUACCGAUUCCCAUGCAGGUGACCCUUAAGCGAUUGAGGGAGGCUCGUGAAGCCUCCAUAAGUAAUUCGGCAUGGUGUCAGGUGUCCAACGAGCGCUUGUGAGGUACGCAACCUCCACGCAAAUCGUGGUGAGAAGGUGACAAGGCGUGGCUCCAUUGCCCCAUGGUGCCGGUAGGCACGUCACCCAAACUACAUCGCCCGUGGCAAGGGCCGGUGGAGAUUGUUGAUAUUCAUAGACCCCAGUGCAUUCGUAUUCAAUUCGGGCAAAGCCGGUGGUUUGUGCACCCGUCACGGCUGAAGAAGUUUGAGCCGCCGAUUUACGAUGCGUCAUCUCCCAUCCCGAAACGGCCUGUGUUAGAUGCGUCUGACGAGCCUGUCACGCCGCUCCAAGCAGACGCGCCUCACACACAGCGACUCACACACCCACUGACACGCACACAUGGACUUACACACACACAAACAUCGAUUUACACACACACAAACACAUCGACUUACAC